AUGAAUUAUACUAAGUCCAGCCCACUGGCAGAAGCAACUGCAAUAGGUUUUACACCUGAGUUAGAAAGACUCCUACCUGUGCCUUCCAAUGAGACCACUUGUGAAAACUGGAGAGAGAUACAUCAUCUAGUUUUUCAUGUAGCAAAUAUUUUUUUCGCAAUUGGAUUGGUUAUUCCAACUACACUUCACCUUCAUAUGAUACUUCUUAGGGGGAUGUUAGCUGUAGGAUGUGCCCUUUAUGUUGUCUGGGCCACUCUCUACCGAUGUGCCUUGGAUAUCAUGAUCUGGAAUUCAGUGUUCCUGGGGAUCAACAUUUUGCAUCUUUCAUAUCUUUUGUACAAGAAAAGACCGGUAAAGAUCGAAAAGGAACUCAGAAGCAUCUACCGGCGAUUGUUUGAACCCCUCCGUGUGUCUCCAGAUUUGUUCAGAAGAUUAACUGGACAGUUUUGCAUGAUCCAAACAUUGAAAAAGGGCGAGAGCUAUGCUGUGGAGGAUCUAACCUCAGUUGACGACCGUCUGAGUAUUCUCCUGAAAGGAAAAAUGAAGGUUUCCUAUCGAGGACAUUUUCUGCAUAACAUUUACCCCUGUGCCUUUAUAGAUUCUCCUGAAUUUAGAUCAACCCAGAUGCACAAAGGUGAAAAAUUCCAGGUCACCAUUAUUGCAGAUGAUAAUUGCAGAUUUUUAUGCUGGUCAAGAGAAAGAUUAACAUACUUUCUGGAAUCAGAGCCUUUUCUGUAUGAAAUAUUUAGAUAUCUUAUAGGAAAAGACAUUACAAACAAGCUCUACUCGUUGAAUGAUCCCACCUUAAAUGAUAAAAAAAUCAAAAAGUUGGAUCACCAGCUCAGCCUUUGCACUCAGUUGUCCAUGCUAGAAAUGAGGAACAGUAUAGUCAGCUCCAGCGAAGAUGAAGACGGCUUACACCAGUUUCUUCGGGGCACCUCCAGCGUAUCCUCUCUUCAUGUGCCAUCCCCACACCAGCGAGCCUCGGCCAGGAUGAAACCAAUAGAAGAAGGGGUAGAAGACGACGACGAGGUCUUUGAACCUGCAUCUUCAAAUACAUUUAAAGUUCGUCAAUGGCCUUGA